AAAAAUUGAAGAUAAAUUCCAAGCGUUUGUUGGAUACUCGUUAACUGGGCCUUUUCGACGUGCAAGCAAACCUUAAAAAGGCCAGAUAAAAUACAAAACGCCGUUAAAAAAUGCGAGACCUGUCAGAAAAUGGUGAAAAAAGAGGGGCAAAAAUAUUCGAAUCGGAAGCAUCUUGUUACGCGUAUAGAAAAAUCAGAAUUUUUCAAAGAUUUUUCGGUUUGUUACUCGUCUGGAAGCUUGGUUCGGUGAAAAUGUGUUUCCAGUUUACGGGGUGCUAGGACACCUACCCUUUGGAAGAACCGUUACUGGUUUCGGUUUCCGGAAAGAUAGCUAUUUCUAGUAAAAUUCUUUCCGAGUUCGCUUUGUUUACAAACUUUUAGUCCGUUCCCCUGCUUUGGCUGCUGGUUGAGUUCCGCGGAGUGGGCCUGAACCAGAUUGCGGCCCAAGAUGGAUAAUUGUCACAAUUACGCCACGACCUCCAAGAAGCGGAGGAUUCCGAUCUCGGAUGAUAUUCACAUUAUCAUCAAAAAAUUCAGAGACAAGGACAAGCAUGACGAAAAACCUUCGACUUCCGGCGACCAUGACUAUGACGACGAGCAUAGUAUGGAUUCGGAAGAGCUGAAAAGGGUUCGACAACAGGAACCAUCGAGUUCGUGUGUACUGGCCAGUACCUCGUCUAGCAACAGCAACAGCGGUGCGUUGAUUACCAUGGGAAAUUUAAUGGGCGGUAGUGGGGGUGCCACGGGAAUCACCAUUGGAGGUUCAGCUGUAACGAUUCAACAACAGCAACAGCAACAUCCCCUACAGCAGCAGCCCUCGUCUCAGUCUGAUGACAUUAAGCUGAUAUUGAAAAAGCUGACCAACAUCGAAGAAUUGCUAAAAGUAGUGGCCGAACAGAGCUUCAAUCGGUUGGCCACACUGAAGCAGGAAGCUGGAACCACCACUGUGGUGCCCUCGUCGGCGGCUGCCAGUUUGGGUCUGAUUGAUCCAAGCUGCAUCAGUGUGGAGUCGACAUUCAAAUUCCCACUGCGUAGUCUGAAAGAACUGAUUGAGCUGAACAAGGGUAUCUGCAGCGAUGAGAGUUUGUACAACAAACUGUUCGAGUAUCUCACCAAAAUCAAACUGGAAUGUGAUGAAAACAUCGUGAUGACUGCUCUAGGGCUCAUCGUCAGCGACGAAGUGCUGGAUGCGGUCAGUUGGGAUGGUGGCAAAAAGUUCAAAUUAUCUUCGUUGGUCAUCUUCAGCGAUUCUUUGUAUGUUGCCUGGUUCAAGGAUCGAUUAAAAUAUGACGAAUAUGUAGCCGAGAUGAAGGAUGCUAUAGAAAAGUCCCACAAGCGUUACGCGAAAACGAAGGCGAAAAAAUCAACUCUUCAGCAGCAUCCGCAGCAACAUCAAACACUAACAUUGACGACGGCCGGCGGAACGACAACGGUUGUCAACGAUGGUCAGUUGUUUUUAUCGUAGUCAGACCCGGUUUGUUCGCCUGCGGUAUCUUGUUGCCGAUCUCCGUUCAUCUUGCUUUCUCUCUUCGGAGUUGCCUAUAACUUCCUGCAUCGUUCUGUUCCACCGUUCCCAGUAGUCGCUGGUUAUUGAAGUCGCACCUCAUCACCUCAAGGUAGAUUUUACGCUUUAUACUCGAUUUUGCAAAACAUUAUUUGAACAAUACCUAUUUGUACUGACUUUUUUCUUCCGUUUGACGAUUAACCACAUUAAUAGCAGCAUUCACUCGAUACUUUUUAAUCAACUGCAUUCGUUUUUUGUUCAGACACCAACGUUGAACAAAACCUUAGCUAUUCAUGUCAUUACGAAAUACUUUUUACGACACAGCACAUGCAAAAAAGAGUUUUUAAAUUGUUUGGUUGAUUUUUUUUCGAUUAAUAAGGAAAAAUGUAUUUUCUAAGUCAAUAAUAAUCAAAAUAGAGAUUACUGCUAUGCAAAAAAAAAAUUAAACGAAAAAGGUUUUCUCUAUAGAAGUGUUGAAGCUUGGAAAACGGAUCAGAAAGGAAGGAAAUGACUUUGUAGCCCAAGUGUGAUCAAUUGCAUAUAACAAGACAGAACAGUACUAAUGGUUUUGAGAAAAUGAAGAAAUAUACUGAAUAUUGCAAACAAAACAAACA